AUGGACCUGCGCCAUGGGUUUUGGCCUACUUGGCGGCGCUGUUCACCAGUGCCACGAAGCGUGCUUACGUGCACGCCCGCGUACGCCGUAACCCCAGUGCAGCGGCGCCUUGCGCGCCUGCAACGAGGUGUCAAGCAGGGCUUGCUAGCAUGCUGCGCAGUUGCCUUAGACAACAUCUCUCGACCAGCAGUGGCGAUUGAGCCGGUGUUCCUUGAAGACGUUUCCGGCCAGGGCUUUUGCAUUCCCGAGGCAGCCUGCCCUGCAGUAUUGCAGACGCGACUUUCGAAAGCCCACACCAGCGCUGCAAGUGCAGCGUUAGUUGUACAGGACAUGCCUGACGAAAAACUUGUAGCCACGGCAUCCUUGGACAAGGGUAUGGCGAUUUGGAGAUUUUACUCAACGCAAGGAGAAAGCGAGAAUUUAGAUGGGUCAUGCGAAGAAAGCAUAGAGGUGACUCGUCUUAAAGUACCCGGGGCACCAGUUUUCUCGCUCGCGAAAAUUCCUGAGGUGUUACCGGAUGGGACGAUCUUGCGCAAACGUCCCAAGCCACCUGGCAUCUAUUUGGGAACUGCUUCAAAAGAGGUUCUCACAUGGAUGCUGGGCAGUAAAGACGUGACUGACAAGGUGGUGCUCGACGGCCAUACUGGCUGGGUACGCUCGUUGGCAAUCACCGGCAAAUGGCUUUUCAGCUGUGGCUGCAAUUACCUGCGGCUUUGGGAUACCACCUUCCGCACGCCGAAGGAGUGCGACGCCGUGCGGCUUUUCACGGGCGAUAUUCUGGCUAUUGCAGCGUCUGAUGGGCGGGUUUUUACGGCUGGGGCGGACGGGUCGCUCCGUUCGUGGAUCAUCACCCGCUCUGGCGACCUUCAGGAAGGCCCUAGCCGGGAACGGGCGCAUGAUGGGCGCGUGUCGGCCUGCACCGUUGCAAACGGGCGAGUCUUCACUGUCUCGUACGACGGCAGCGUUAAGGCCUGGAGCGCUGAAGCCCUGGAGCUGGUUGCCGAAGUGCGGGGCGCCCAUAAUGGCGACAAGAUCUUUUGUGUGGCGGUUGGCUCGAACGGAGUUGUGUUUACCGGCGGGGACGACAAGCUCGUUCGCGCCUGGGACCGCGACCUCAACCCUGUCGGUAACCCACUGGAGGGUCACGCGGCGUCGGUGCGCGUGCUGUCAGCGGGCCGCCGGGCGCUGCUGGUCUCUGGCGAUGCAGAGGGCGACGUGUGCAUCUGGGAGACGUACCCUGUGGAACUGCCCUCCCCAAGUAGGCCCUCCAGCCCGUCCACUCCGACAGAGGCCUUGCCGUCUCCACUGCCACCAUCAUCAUCAGUCGUAACAGCGGAAAGCAACACCUUUCUGGAGGUCUGUGCUGCUGGCGGUGCAGCUGAUGCGGUGCUGGCUGGGGCAGGAGGGCCCCCUGCACCGCCUUCCUGUGCCGUGGAAGUCGCCAUGGCGGGGGCUACCAUGCAGCAUUUGGAGUCCAUGCUUGCCGCGCAACAUGAUCAACAACAGCAGGCGGAUACUACGGAGGAGCUGCAGCAGCAACAGCCCCUUGUACAUGAGGAAGAGCAGGUAGUGCAUGACGGGAUGGUGGCAUCAGUGUCUGACGAGCAGAAGCCUCCGGGGGCCGGGGCCCCCGCGGCAGCUCAUGACGAGGGGCAGCAACAGCCGGGCGCGCCCAUGCCGGUCGAAGAGGAUGUACCCACCAUCGCUGUGGCGGCGGACAACGACGAUCGCGUAACUGUAGUCGAUGCUGACACUCACCCAGAUUCCAAUAAGGAGAACUCUGCAACUGCCGAGCUCUCUGCGAACUGGCUGGCGGGAACAGCAGGCUCUUGCAACGGCUAUCAGAGGGAUUCCGAGGGCGACCUCGAAGCGGUGGCGUCGGCGGCACCGGUCUGUUAUGCAAAUGGCAGUAUUGGAUUUACUGUGAUGACUGCGGCCGUGUCGGGAUCGGCGAAUGCUGCUGAGGAGGACUUGGGUGGUGCUGAUGCUUCUGAGGAGGAGGAGGAGGCGGUACCAUCUCAUGCUCGUCAGAUUGAGGGUGGCAUAUCCCGGCAGCGCCGACUGCACGGGGGAGCACCGAAGAAGGCCCCCAAACUCGUGGGUUGGGCGCCGACCCAAGGAGCAAGUGGCCACAAUGAAUAUGAACUUAGGUUGGUCUAA